AUGCAGGAAUUCUUCAGGGGAAACUACAGCUCUCUUACUGAGUUCAUUCUUCUAGGAUUCUCCCAGAAGGAAGAGGUAAAUGCUAUUCUAUUUGGUGUCUUCUUCUUCCUCUACCUCAUCACUCUCCUGGGCAACGGGCUCAUUAUCACCUUGAUUCGCAUGGAUUCCCGCCUCCACACACCCAUGUAUUUUUUCCUAAGUGUCCUCUCCAUACUGGAUAUGGGCUAUGUCACCAGCACAGUGCCACAGAUGUUGGUGCAUCUGGUCUGCAAGAAGAAAACCAUAUCUUUUAUUAAAUGUGCCCAGAUGUACAUCUUCCUGAUGCUAGGAAUCACUGAAUCUUGGCUCUUUGCAAUAAUGGCUUAUGACAGAUAUGUGGCCAUUUGCCAUCCCCUGAGAUAUAAAGUCAUCAUGAGUCCUUCGUUGUGUGGGUCUAUGGUGGCCUUUUGUGCUUUUUGGGGGAUUAGUUGUGCCCUGAUAUAUACUGUCUCUGCUAUGAUACUUCCUUAUUGUGGCCCUAAUGAGAUCAAUCAUUUCUUCUGUGAAGUACCUGCAGUCUUGAAGUUAGCCUGUGCUGACACAUCUCUCAAUGACCAAGUGGACUUCAUCCUGGGCUUCAUACUUCUGUUGAUCCCUCUUUCCCUCAUCAUCAUUGUCUACAUCAAUAUCUUUGCUGCCAUAUUGAAAAUCCGCUCAGCCCAGGGGCGACUGAAAGCUUUUUCUACCUGUGCUUCUCACAUCACUGUGGUCACUAUGUUCUCUAUCCCAUGUAUGGUAAUGUACAUGAGACCUGGCUCUGAAGCUUCACCAGAAGAGGACAAAAAGUUGGCUCUGUUCUACAACGUCAUCUCUGCCUUCCUCAACCCUAUUAUAUAUAGCCUUAGGAACAAAGAUGUAAAGAGGGCUUUCCUCAAAGUGACAGGAUGGGGGAAAGCUUCAGAAUAA